GCUACUCUCAGCUACUCACUGAAUGACUAGAGCAUUUAAAAUCAACCACAUUUCAACUUCAGUUUCAUCCACCUGUUACCCUCAAAAGCAAUGACUACCUUUGUGACGAUGGCCACUUGUCACACCUGUAGUAAGACGUCCAGACAGCCUGGAAUGAACAGAGAACUUUUGACUACUCUGUCAAGGUACCGCAGCACCCCAGGGAGUGUGGGCAAAUUCAGGACUCCACAGUCUGCUAACAGGGCCACUCCAAAAUCUUCACUGGACAGAACACCAAGCGGGACACCCAGGUCAGAGUCCUCAAACACCAGCUCAAAGUCUUCAAAGUCAGGUAGUGUAAAGUUGUCACCUUUUGCUCGCAUCAAGAAGCUGCUUAUGCUGGAAUACAAAUGGCAGAGCAAGAAAGUGGGUCUGAAGGAGUUCCUCUCCUCUCUCUGAACAUCUCUGAAGGUCUUAAGGGCAGUUGAAUCCUUCCACGAAAGGCUGUGGCCCACUUUGAGUGAUGCUACUGAAAUUCAGCUUGAAGUGGCUAUUGAUGGUUUCUCCUUGUGUAUUAUAGUGCCACCUAGUGGACGACUGUGGAAUGGUGGUUUAAAGAACUAUGGCAGUAAUGCCUUUAUAGCGGGAUGCUGUUAAUUAAACCGCAUGUCUGCUUUCCUUCUGUCAAUUAUGCCUCUGGAUCCUUGUGGACAUUAUAUGUGGACUUUUUUUUAGGAGAGUGUCACUUUUGUCACAUGUGCUACAGAACCAUGCUAUGAUCUUUUUUUAUUUUUUUUAUGUUUGGCAUUUAUUUUCAUAAUGUUACAUACUUCCAAUAAUUUUGUAUUCAUUCAAGUUGAGCUGGGUUUUCUUGUUGUUUACAUUUGAUGGUCUAAUGGCCUUCAAACUAUAUAGCAAAGACCAAAGCUUUUUGCCGAUAGACUUUAUUCAAAGCUGUGCCAUAUUUGAUUAUUGACAGUAAUGAAAAUUAGGCUAUAAGGGAUAGACUUGCAGUCUGAUCUUUACAAAAAUAUGUCAGUGGAUAAAAACUUAUGAAAACACAUGUUUAUAAGGAAAAUUAGAUGCGAUUGAGUAGCUUUAUACAGUGCAUGCCUGACAAUCUCGCCAAACAUAAAAUAUGGCACUACUUUAAAUUAGGUCUAUAGAUUACUUAUAUCAUAGAAACUUUUAUCAGCAUAGUGCAAUUAAACUGAACGAUGUCUUGAUUGAUGCUUCACAGAAUUUUUCAAUAAAAAGUAAA